AAAUGCCCUACGCAAACCAACCUAGUGUCAAAAUUCUUGAGCUAACAGAGGAAAAUGUGAAGUUUGUUAUCGAGAACACAGAUCUAAGGUAUGCUGUAGUCGAUUAAUUGGCCGAUCGUUAACUGAUUCGAGAAUAAGAUUAUUGAUUGAUGUUUGAUCGAUAAACUUGCAGUAUGGCCAAUGGCGUCCGAAGGAUAUUUAUAGCGGAAACUCCAACGAUAGGUAUGUUUGAACAUUUUAUGGAAAUCUAGGUGGAGAUACACAACAUACAUAUUUUAUGUCUAUACGUACUGCGGGAAAGCUAGCAGACUCAUGUCGAACCACAGGUUCCCCAAGCUGAAGAUUGAAAAAAGGCAGUUGGGAUGACAGCAUUUUCGUGGUUAAAAGUUUAGAACAAAAACGGCCAAUCUGCUAUGCAGCUUAUCUUACUCAAUGGAAAACAGGCAGGUUGUGUCCCCAUUUGUGUCCCCAGUUGAUUUUCUGAGAUACCAGUAUUCCAAUUGAUUUUUGAAAACGUACAUCAUGUCCGAAGAAAGAACAAGUGAAUGUCAAUUCAAUAAUCCAAAAAUCAAAAAGGUAUUGCAUUCAUUUUACAUGUACUAUUUUUUUGAAAUUGUGUCCAGCAAGACGACAACAACUGGAACCCUGUUGAUGCGACCACCAAUGGGCCAUAAAAUUCUGGGUGUAAUAACGAGGUGGUCACAUUUUUUUAAUAACAGGGUCUUCAAAUUAAUAAAAUGACUCAGUGAUUUUACGUUUGGGUCAAAUAGAGUAUACUCACUUGACGUCACAGUGGCUGUGUUGGUGUUCCAAAACAAUGAUACGGCAGCCAUGUUGUUGUUCAAAGACAACUCUGUGGGAAUUGAACUCUUCUCUUAUGUAAAACUUUCUUUUGUUCAUAUAAAUUAGCAUAGAUGAAUGCCACGUGAGUGAAUACGCUCUAUAUGGUUGCAAUAACGAGGUGAUGGUAUAAACAGGGUGGUCAUAAGGUAGGGUUUUACCUCGUUCUUUAAGCCAUGAGGUGAAAUAUUGCACUAUGAAAGUAAAACACUUUGUUCUUAAAGCCACCAAACAGGUGCUACACUUGCAAUGUAAAAAUUUUGCUGUUGGAAUGUAGCAGUAGAAUUCCCCGCUUCUGAUUCAGCAGAAAAAUGUCGAUUUAUGGAAUGCAAAGGCCUGUAUGUAUCUUUCUAUUGGUUCAGCGCUUAAUGACCAAAUUUUUAAGCACCAAGUGCAAUCUCACAUAAAACAACAUCUUGAUUUAUUCACUGACAAUGUUAAAUAUACACAGUUCUUUUUGCAUGACCUAUAAGGUGAUUACUCCACCACCUUUUCCGCUCCAGGUUGUAUGAAAAAAGCAGUUUAUCACACCCCUCCCAAACUUUCACGGUGGAUGAAUACACCGAACUUCUUGCAGUCUUGUAGAGCGUGCCUGUCACUAACAUUCUGAGUUUCCUGGUAUUUUAUGCAGCUAGUAGGUUGGAAACUAAAUGGCUAAAAAGUUUUGUUUGCCUUAUUUUCCUUUUUUUCCUUCUCAAAGUAGCCGGGGGGGGGGGGGUCGUGCUCAUAGCCAGGGGAAAUCCCUGACUCCUGGCCCUUUAGUGACAGCCCUGUAGACUAUUUUGACAACCUUGGUAUAGUUGAUAAGCUUACAUUAAUAUUUUGCCUUUAUUAGCUAUCGAUUGGGUGCAGAUUGAGAACAAUACGUCAGUACUGCAUGAUGAGUUUAUUGCCCACAGAUUAGGUAAGCAAAAACUAGGUGUUAGUUAAUUUACCUGUACCGUAUUUCCUUUAUUAAGCCCCCCAGGGGCUUAUUUAUUUCAAGCCCAUUUGAGGGGAGGGGGGGGGACUUAAUAGAGACAGAGGGCUUAUUUGAGAGGGGGGGACUUAUUUAAUUUAGCAAAGAUUAUGGUAUCUGUUCAGGGCUGUAAUUAAGUUUUGAAGCAGCGGUAGCAAACAGAGAAUCAUCCGUAGCAUUUCACAUAAAAUUCAUAGUGUUUUUAUAGUUACCUUUCCACUUAGAUUGCCCGUCACAUAAAGUGAGCUCAGCUGUAACAGGUGUUAUGGGUCAUGGCUCUUAAUGAGAGCUCUGUCAGUUCACCUGAAAGGACUAGAAUGCAAAGUGGAAAAGCUCAUUUACAACAAGUAGGAGGUCAUGCAGGCAAGGAUCAAAAACAAAUUCAAACUUCCAGGUGGUGAAUAAACCAUCCUGGAUCUGUCCACAUGAAGUUUUACAGUUGUGAUUGAUUAAUGCAGUCUAUCAUUUUAUUAUUAGUGAGUAUUAAUAAAGGGGAGGGAUAGUGGGGGGAGGGGUUUUAAAGAGAGGGAGGCUCAUUAACUUUUUUGCCCUGAAAAGGGAGGGCUUAUUUGAGAAGUGGGGGGCGGGCUUAAUGGAGGAUUUACGGUAUGUAAAAGAUGUACAAGCUAAAACUUAAAGAAGUCAGGCGUAUUUUAAUUAUUAACAGUACAGACUACUUUAGCUCAUAUCAUUUUUGCUCAAUGGAAUUCAUUCUAGUCAAGGGCUGUUAUCCGGUUGCAUAGAAGGAACUUAAUUUCUGAGCCUCCCUUUUGGUCAACCCCAGGCUAGAUUCAGAACAUUUGAAAUCAAUGUGGUUGCCUAUAUAACCGGUACUGAUGCCUGUGGAUCGCACACUGCUUGCAGACCAAUUUCUCAGGCCUGGUUGAAAAAUUUGAGCUAUUGAGCUCAAACAGCUACCCUUAUCUGAUGUAUGUUUCCCAUGAUAUUACAAGGAAAAUAAUGUGAAGUAAUGGGAGAAAUGAAUGCUCCGACAAUUUGAAGGGUCAUUCUUUCUUCCAGUGUUUUAUUAUUUUUUAGAAUGCCUUAUACAGUAUGACCUUCUCUUGCAAACUUAAUUCAGAGCUUACCAUCAGUUAGAAAUCUUAUAAAUUCAUUUUUAUUUUCACAUUGUAAUUCAAUCCACAUUUAUAUCACACUCACUGGUGGGUUCUGUAAUAGUUACUGACAAUGGAUGUUGCUGAUCAAUCCAAAACUUGUCUAAUUAACAAGGGUAUGAUAACUUUUCUAAAAGAUUAUUGAAAAUUGUUGACUGUGUGUACUUUCACAUACAUCAUAGGUCUCAUUCCAUUGACAAGUGACGAGGUGGUUGAUCGCUUGUGUUAUUCCAGAGUAAGUUGUAUAAGUGUCUGUUGUACAUAAAUGUAUGUGUCCAUAUGCAUGCAGUCAAUUAGAAUAACAGCAAGUUAUUGUUAUCUGGUUCUGAACCCCCCAUUGGUUCAUGCAUUCAAAAGACUGAGGCUCAUCAGUGGCUCCUUUUUUUCUUUUGGAUAAUGAUCUUUUGUACUUGUAUGUAUGUACAUUGACAAUGUACACUGUAAAUAGUAUAUCUGAAUAUGAGCUAAUUCUAGAAUGUUUCUCCUACACUGUACCUGUGACAUCACUAUCAAGUACCAAAUGAAAAUCAGCCCUGGAAGCCAAGUGCAAAAAAAGGUUUUAUUUACCUCUUUCAUAAUAGUGGCCUAUCAAUAAUUAAUAUAUUCUUUUAUAGUCUUGAAUGUCAAGGGGGUCUAUUUCAAAUGAUAAUUAGCCUUUCUGACCUCGUUUGGAUAUUUUAGGGUAUUUAAAGAAUACCCACAAAAAUCCCAAAUUUGGAAGAGUGAGACAAGUCCCAAUCAGGGAACUUGGUUGGGAAUUCCCUGGUUGGGACUUGUCUCACUUUGCCAAAUUUGGGAUUUUUAUGGGUAUUCUUUAAAUACCCUAAAAUAUCCAAAAAUGGGAAUCUGUUAUUUUUUCCUGUGAGCAAGGUCAGAAAGCUAAUUAUCAUACAUAUGAAAGAAUAUAUUAAUCGGCCACUAUUAUGAAAGAGGUUUAUUAAGACUUUCUUACUUUUAAAAAGAAAAAUGCCAAUGUGCGAUAAUUUUUUUAAAGUUUAUCUUAUUUUUGAGUUUACUGAAAAACAUGAUGAAAGAAGGCAAGAUGUGCCUGAUUUUUCUGACUCUAACUCUGAUUAAUAUACAGUAAUGCAAGCCUGUUCUCGGACAAAAAAUAAAAACUUUAGGAAACUCUAAAUCUCUAAACCUGCAUACGUGUAUGAGUCCAAGAGGUAACCCUGAGCUCCUUUUCUCCCCUCCUUUUCUUUCCCCCGAAGGACUGCACAUGUGAUGAAUUUUGUCCAGACUGUUCUGUGGAACUCACCCUUGAUGUCAAAUGUACAGAUGAUCAAACAAGACAUGUCACAACGCAAGAUCUUAUUUCAUCAGAUCCAAGGGUGAUACCGGUAUGUAACAGAGUAUAGAGGGCUUAGCUUAAUACAUUUUAGAUCCCAUUUCUCAUUACCUUUUCCUGUACAAAUAGGCUUUAAGAUAUUAACAUGUACAUGUACUUUUCCCUGUACGUCUACACGUAGUUUAACAGUAACCCUUUGAUGAUGACCUGGGGCACAAAACAAAGAUCUAAGGUAGACACCAUGAUGGGCCCACCAAAAAAAUAUUAUGCAUGGAAAAACAAAUUGAAAUACAUGUGUCCCUAAAACUUUGUGAAGCCAUUAAGCCACACAAAUGCAGCAACCAUCAAUAAAAGUGUGGUUUGCGAGAAAUUUGUGGUGCUGCAGCACCCCAGACGAAUGAAGGCGUCUUCACUUUUGGCCAACUAGGUUCGUUUCAAGAGUUUGCAGUGUUACAAAUAUCUCCAAUUCUUCCUUCCUAAAUUGCCAUGCUUUGGGACAAAUGUAGGACAACUAUUAAAUAGUUUGGUGGCCGAUUGGUAUCAGCCAACCCCCAUUAAAAAAUCCUGGAUGUGUACCUGACCACCAUAUACUGUAUGACAGGCACAAGGGCAGACCUUAUGGAAGAUUGUGGAAAAAUACUUGUAUUAGCAAAUGAUAGGGAGUUCACUAAAGUCACAAUCUCCAGCAAAGGUCUACAAUACAAUAAUUUCAUUCUCUUCAUUGAAUUGGCAUAGAAUACUUUAAUAUGCUGACAUUGGUUUUGACAAGGAAUUAUAUUAAAAUGGUUAUUUUUUUAUAAUUAACAUGUUGUGGCUAAUAUACACAAGCUCUGAUGACAGGAAUAAUAAUAUUAUGGGCUAAAUAAACAUCAAUCAUCAUCAUCAUCGUCAUCUGCUUUACUUUACCAACUAGGUAACUUCACGAAACCAUGAAGAUGAAAACAGUGAAUAUGGUGAACAGGAUGGUAGGUUUCAAUGUGUAGGUGCCUCUUUUCAUUGACAGUUUGAUUUCGUUCAUUUUCAUCUGUUAAGCGACAGUACAGCUCAUACUUACUGCUCAAUGGCUUUCAUCUCGUGUUUGCUUGUUUUUAACUUCUUUGUUGCACUCUCUAACUUACUUAUUAUUAUUAUUUUUUUUUUGCAGACAUCUUGAUUGUAAAGCUUCGUAAGAAUCAGGUAUUAUUAUUUGACCUGUACCAUUAUUAUACACCACACAAGGUGAAUAACUAGGGGUUGUGUUGGGAAGUUGCUGAUAUUUCAUAAUCAGUCAUUGGAAAUAAUCGGAUUGACCCACCCAAUCUUUCUUCGAUUAUAAUUGGAACAAUUUCUUUAGGACACAACAAAAACAUACAAAAUGCAUCAGAAAAGGGACUUCAGUGGAUUAGACACUGCUCAUCAUACAGCUCCAGUAGCUCACUGGUUAAUAGAGCAUCCAGGUCAAGAGUUCAAUUCUUGUCUUGUCAGAAUUGUUUUCUGUGCUUUCAGGUGAUCAAAUUCUCUUUCUUCUUUAAUGAAAAAUUAAAAAGACAACACUUUAGUUUUUAAUCAGCCUGUGAAUAGGCUCUCAAGUGGAGUGGGGUCAAAAAAGUAGGAAAAUCAGUGAGGGAAACGUUAUUUUUAUUUCAUGUCAGGUCCAACAAUGUCUUGAACAUUCUCCAUAAUUGGUCAUCACAUGGCUUAAGGAAGCCCCUUUUUCCUCUCUUUUGACUGGCUCAAUCUUUUAUCAGCCAGCUGUCUUUUUUCUUAGCUACAACCCCAUACAAAAGAAAUCGUCAUACAGUGUACUGUCGUUGCCAUUCCAUGACUUGUAUGGGCUGAUUCAUGGGCUACUUGCAAUUCCCCUUAUGGCUCCAUGUUUGUUUUAUUCAACAAAAAAUAAAUCAUCAUUUCAGUCAACACUACUCCUACUUCCCUCAUUAGUGAGUACCAUUAGUAAGCCAGGCCCAAGAUGAUUUUUUCAGUUUUCUCGCAUUAUUUAUCUUUUCUACAGGAGCUCAAGCUUCGGGCCUUUGCAAAAAAGGUAAGAGUAUCAUGUCUUCCAUUCCUGAUCCUUGACUGACACUGUAGUUUUAGUUAUCAUACAUACUCUAAUAGGUCCCGCCCCUGAUGAAGCACCGCCCCAAAAAAAGCGCCACAUUUGGGACAAAAAAGUUGAUAAGGACCACCUCCCCCUUCAAUAAGUGCCUUGGUCCUGAUAUAAUGAAAAUCAAAGGCGGUUAAAACAAUUCUUUGUCGCAUCCUUCUUUCAAAUAAAUGCCCCCUGUCAAAUAAUCACCGCAUAUAUUUGAGGCGUGCAAAAUUUAAUAUGCACCAGAGCGCUUGUUCUAGUAAAUAUGGUAUCUUUUAUUCUAAAAUUCGUGUCUCUUUACAUAACAGGGCUUUGCCAAAGAACAUGCCAAAUGGAAUCCAACAGCUGGCGUAGCAUUUGAGUAUGACCCUGAUAAUUCCUUGAGACACACAACAUACCCAAGACCGGAGGAAUGGUUUGUGUUAAGAUUUUUUCAUUGUACAUACAUGUAUAUGUAUGCAUGUUAUUGAUUUUUAAAUAAUGUUUUUGUCAAAAGUGAGUUGUGUGUUUUUCACUCAAACUGCAUGAAUGCCUUUUACCCAAAUUUACAGUCCAGAACACCAUUCAGAUGUUAAUUAACUUAACCCCAUUUAUUAACCAGCAUAGGCUGAAUGGCUCCCUCUUAUGCCUGUCAGACAAGCAAAUUUCACCAGGAAGCCUAUUUUGUAAGAAACAUUCUUUGCAUUUGCACUCUUGGUGUGUGGGUAAUAGGGACUUUAAGCAAAUUGCGAUGGCGAUCUCUACUACAGCGGCCGGAAGUUAAGUCGCCCAAAAAUUAUGCAGUGUGCAUGCUUGGAAAUGAUCUUUCAACGUAUUCCUGAAUCCUUCAACAUGAAGACCUUUCUUGCGGCGUAGUCGCUUCUACGUGAGCGUAAAAGUCAGCUUUCCCACUUUUUGAAGCAAAGAGGGAAAAAAGUAACGAAAACAUCCAGCUAGGAGCCAGGAGGUACAUGGAAAAGGAGUCACCAGUUGUGCAGAUUUCCUGUCAUAUUCACAUCAUUUAGGGCAGUGACACAUUUUUUUUCUUUGCAGGCCUAAAAGUGAAUACACAGAACUAGACGAAGACACCUGUAAGUAAAGAGACUGGACUUUGACAUAAUUCAUGUUUUGAUUGUUUUGAUUUUAAUUUUGUUUUUCUAAGUCUUUAGUCAAGGUAUUUGUUAAUCGACUUCGAGUUUAUUCUAGACUGCAAGUCUGUAAGCAGUCCCAUAUUUCUUAUAUUAGUCCAGAGAGCAAUCUGUGUUGAAACUGAAGUGAGUGCACCCUGCUAUCAGAGCCUUCCUUUCACUUGCUCGAUUGUGGCGUACUCCGGCGUACUCAAGAAAGAAUCUGCAUGGAUCGAGUAAGAUCUUCCUUGAGCAUGCGCUGCAUGUUGCUAGGAUACAGUUCCAAACCCAGACCUAAUGGCCGUGUGUUCUUAGCGCUAAAAUGUUUGAGAAUCCAGAUGUUUCGGGACUACUGUCCCUUCAUCAGUGGAAGAUCUUUCACUGAUGAAGGGACAGUAGUCCCGAAACAUCUGGAUUUUCAAACAUUUUAGCGCUAAGAACACAAAGACAAAUUUUGAUUGUAAUCAACUUAUCAGCGCUAACCAUGUUUUGUUCCUAAUGGCCGUGUGCUUGGUACAGUGGGCUCAGUUACAACCAUUGAUUUAAUAAAAAAAAUGGAUGCACGCACGCGAAAAAGCAGUUUGACGAGAGAAAGAAAAAUUGACUCGUCCAGUAGUCCGGGUUGCGGCGACUCCAUAGGCCUUACGCAGCGGCAGAUCCAGACAUUCAGAUAAGGAAGGUGGGGUGGGGGGGUGGGCGGUCAUUCAGACCCUGAGAUAAGGGGGGGAUGGUCGCAAAAAAAUUUUUUCCGCCCUUCCGGCCUCACUUUGCUCUAAAAAUAAGAGGGGGAUUGGGGGGGCGCGGGCCCUCCCUGGAUCCGCCACUGUUACGUGACUAGGGCAGUCUCCACCAAAAAGAAGACAAAAGAAGGCUCUGCUCGCAGGGUGAGGUGAGUUUAAUAGGAACUACGUGUCUACUUGCUCAUUAUAUCCUCACCCCAUGUUGAAAUGCGGAGAGUACAAAUUAUUUUUUUACUUUUUGCAAUGUAGAGAUGUUUCGCAAUUUUACGAUAUUAAGAGAUCAAAAGAUCAGUCUAUGGCGUUGUCUGAAUGCUGAGACCAUCUUUAUCAAAUUAACUCUCUUUUUUUCCUUUUUCCAGAUCAAGCUCCUUUUGACCCAAAUGCAAAAGCAGACAAAUUCUUCAUUAAUGUAGAGGUAUGCUAUGUUAUAGCACAGUCGGAAUCAGUCAUUCUAGUCGCUAGAGUUAAACCCCUCCUAACGAGUCGUGCAAUUUAACAGACGUUUGAAUGAUGGGCCACAAAGUUGUCCACAAUCAUACAAAUUUGUAGUAAAUUUUGCCAUGUUACAGAUUCAUAUCGUUGUUAGUUUUCAAUACACCGCUCUCGCACUUAAUUCGCAAGUUAACUGGUUUUAGGGUGCCUUUUCCAAGGGUGUUUAUGGAUUUUUACCACCUGGGCAGUCUUAAAAUUGAAACAAAUCGUACAAAAGUCUGUAAAGGACUGCUUUACAGUUGUCCUAACCUCUUUUCACGUUUCUUUACAGUCCUGUGGCUCACUAAAGCCCGAGACCAUUGUGAUGUCAGGGCUGUCUGUCCUCAAGAAGAAACUAAGUGAUCUACAAACUCAACACAGCCAUGAAGUAGCCGCAGAUGUCUUAACGAUUUGAAAGACCCUCGUGACACUUUAUAUUUAUGUCAGUUUUGUCCUCAGUAAAAUCUUAAAAGAACGCUCUCUCUCUUUCCUCUUUUGCUCCCUGUCUGAUGCAUGUAUUAACCCGCAUUUCCUUGGCUUUAUUUUGAGGGAAGGGGGAUUCCCAUAUGAAAGGGACAAGAAUUCUCGUAGUUUCCCUAAAGGGUGUACGUUGCAGAUUUUGGUCCAAUUCAAGGUGUCUAGGACGUGAAAAAAAAAAUAAACAAACAAACAAACGGUCAUACAAUGCUACUGUAUGGUCGCUUUACAUGCCACGCCCAAUUUGGUUUCCUUAAGCAAAAUACUAACUGAAUGAGUAGAAAGGACUCGAAGUAGUCGGCUGAAAUUCAGGCUACGCCACGUGUACCCUGUGGGUAUUAUCAUCAUGAUUCUGACACCAAUCUGACUUAAGUGUUAAAGUUCAUUUUUAUCAAAGGAAUUCUAUUAUCUGACAUACUUUGUCGAUAGUUUAUUAGGG